AUGUGGCCCAGCCUAGAGAAAAGCGUGGAGAGAAGGCUGCAUCAGUGGGAGGCCGGCCAGCCCAUGCCCCAGGACGAGGGGCACGGAGCCCGACCCCUCGUCUGCCUUCCCUUUCCUGCGCUCGGGAGGCGAGGGCGCGGGGUGCCUCCAGCUCCCGUUUCCUCUCGCCUCGGGCAGGAUGUAGCUGUACAAAUAGCGCGUGCAGCUUUGCAGGUCGCUCUGCAUCCGGAGCGCGUUUGCCGGCACGUGGGGCCAGGUUUCAAGUGCCCCAUUUGCUCCAAAUCCGUGGCUUCUGACGAGAUGGAAAUGCACUUUAUCAUGUGUCUGAGCAAACCUCGCCUCUCCUACAACGAUGACGUGCUGACCAAGGACGCCGGCGAGUGCGUGAUCUGCUUGGAGGAGCUGCUGCAGGGGGACACGAUAGCCAGGCUGCCCUGCCUCUGCAUUUAUCACAAAAGCUGUAUAGAUUCAUGGUUUGAAGUGAACAGAUCUUGCCCAGAGCAUCCUUCUGAUUGACCCACUGGGCGUGCUUGCUGACUUCUCUCUAAGGUGAGCCUGGCUGCGCGCCG